CUUCUGACUACGGUAUGAAGCUGCCCAUUCUGCGGUCCAAUGCGGAAGAUCAGAUUCUGUACCAGACCGAGCGUUACAAUGAGGAAACCUUUGGCUAUGAAGUUCCCAUCAAAGAGGAGGGUGACUAUGUGCUGGUGUUGAAGUUUGCAGAGGUCUAUUUUGCACAGUCUCAACAGAAGGUAUUUGAUGUUCGCUUGAAUGGCCAUGUGGUGGUGAAGGACUUGGACAUUUUUGACAGAGUUGGACACAGCACAGCUCAUGAUGAGAUCAUUCCCAUGAGUAUCAAAAAGGGGAAACUGAGUGUCCAGGGAGAGGUUUCCACGUUCACGGGGAAGCUCCACAUUGAGUUUGUAAAGGGCUACUAUGACAAUCCAAAAAUCUGUGCCCUAUACAUCCUGCAAGGAACAGUGGAAGAUGUUCCAAAGCUGCAACCACACCCAGGUCUGGAGAAAAAAGAGGAAGAUGAUGAUGAAGAUGAGUAUGAUGAUGGCUCCAGUGUUAAAAAACAGGCAAAUAAGAACCGAGUUCAGUCAGGCCCACGCACACCAAACCCCUAUGCCUCGGACAACAGCAGCCUCAUGUUUCCUAUAUUGGUGGCCUUUGGUGUCUUCAUUCCUACCCUCUUCUGCCUCUGCCGAUUAUGA